UGUUAUAACGUCAGCCGAUCGUUGUACAGGAAAUCUCCUAUGUUGGAAACUAGUGUUAGGAAGAUUUAUAUCUUUGGAUCAUCUCUAUGGAUUAUAUAAUUUAGGAAUUUUUAAGUUUUUGGUUAUUGGAAAAUAAAGAUUGAUUUAAUUGAAUAUUAUAUACAAUGAUCAAUACUUGGCUGUAUUAUGGAGAAAACGAUGUGAUAUUUAUUAUCUAGAAUGCAUUUUUACGAAAAACUGGCAUUUAUUUACAUUUGUUAUAUUUCUUUAAGAGGCACUGUAUCAAUAAAGACUCAGAAUUAUCUACAAUUAGUCCAAUAUAGAAACAAAUACGUUUCGACUGGGACACUGUGGAGUCAUAACGUCCAGUCCAUUCAUAUAUGUGCAAUACACUGUCAAAAUGAUGUUCAGUGUAAAUCGUUCUUUUUCGGAGACAUCACGUGCAGUGGUUAUGGGGAGCUUCUUCCAAAUACGCCAGACUUGACAACGUUGAAUGGAAUGGAAUUUUACAGAAAAGAAAUUUAUUGUGACAAUGGUUACACCUACAGUGACGAGACAUCAAUAUGUUACAAAGCUGUCAACACAAGCAAUUCAUGGACAGAUGCCAAAAAAUUCUGCAACGAUGAAUCUACAAGUCCUAUUAUUCUUGACAAAGCAGACAAGAUUGAUGUUUUGAAAAAUUUACCAGAUUACUUAUGCGAUGGUGCUUUUGUACCAUACAUUAACAGAUGUUACUGGCUGACGCCAAUCCCUGAAACAUAUUACCCAGCCCGAACAACUUGUAUUAAUAGUGGAGGAACACCAGCAUCGUUCCCGGAUGUAGACACUUACAUUUACGUUGUCAAUGCUUUGGGCAUUAAUGGGAGUACAAACGAUGUCUGGAUAGGUGUAAAUGACUUUAAUCUGGACGGAGACUGGAGAAAUUAUGACCAGAGCUUCCUCGCCUUUGAUGACUACCUGUACAAUUAUACUGCCUUUGGAACCUGGAGCAAUAGAGAUGUUUUGGCAAUUAUACCAACAGAUAACCUACUUUGGUGGGAACGCAAUGAGUACACGAUUAGUAUAAAGAUGAUGUGUGAAAAAGAUAUUGUUGAUGAUUUUUGGAUCGGUGGGUCUGAUGAACCGAACGAAGGUACCUGGCUAUGGGAAGAUGGACAAAAUAUCAAUAUGUCGCUGUUCCGUACUGGAGAACCGAAUGGGAAUGGUGCUCAAAACUGCUUGUCUCUUACAUUUUCUUCAUCAGGUAAUCAGUUUGAAGACGAAGACUGCUCUGUACCGAAAAAGUUCAUCUGUCAAAGGAUUUAAUAUUUAAAGAUUGAUAUAAAAGAUUUCAACAACGUUUGUGACACUGUGUAAAAAUAUUUCAUUUUGUUACAUUAUGUACUAUUUGUAUACCUAGUAUGUGAACAAACAUCUUUUUCAACAGUUUUACUUUUAAAUGAUCUGCAACUCUGUUUAUUAUCUAUAGUCGUGAAUUGUUCGUAUA